AAUGGGUUGAUAUACACCCUCUCCUCCAAGGAGGAAGAAAUCUUUUACUUCUGCAACACGGGUUAUAAACCAUUCAGUGGGAACUUGUGGGAUUCAGUGACCUGCAGCAAAGGCUCUUGGUCUGAAGAACCUCGGUGCAUCCGGAAGGAAGAGUGUGGUGCUUUUCCCAGUGUUCACCAUGGAAAACUAAAGAAAACAAAACAGAUCUUCCAUGAUGGAGAAACAACAGCAUUUGAAUGUGAUCCAGGGUUCAUACCAACUCAACGCUUCAUGAAAUGUGUCAGUGGUACAUGGGAGACACCAGUUUGUGAGGAGCCAACAUGUCCUCUAGAUACAACAGUGGAAGACUUAAUAAUGGAGCGAUCCCCUGAUAUUGAGGGUCCCGUCAAACCUGGACACAAGUUAAUAUUUUCAUGCAAUAGACAAGGGCUGAAAUUAAAAGGACAGAGAGAAAUCACCUGUCAGUCAAAUGAAGAAUGGAGCAGCCCUUUUCCUAAAUGUGAAGAGGUAAUGUGUGUUGCAAACCUGACAGUGAACAUGAGAUCAGACGGACACCCGGGGCCUGAGAUUUCAAUCAGACCUGGACACACAAUAAUUCUUUCAUGUGUUGGGAGGGGAGUGAAACUACAAGGACAUAGCAAAAUCACCUGCUUGUCAAAUGGAGAAUGGGGCAACCCAUUCCCUAAAUGUGUAGGAGGGAAAUGUGGGCCACCACCACACGUGAACUUUGCAGAUACAAUUGAAAUGACAAAAAAUGAAUAUAAUUCAGGGGAGAAAGUUGAAUACAGCUGCUUUAAUAUGUUCACACUGGUUCAGCGUCACCCCUACUCCAAAUACGUGACCUGUGAACAAGGAGAAUGGAGAGGGAGUAUUAAGUGUUUGAAGCCCUGUUCAGUGUCUGUGGAGGAAAUGGACGAAAGAGGUAUACAGCUGCGAUGGCGUGGACGGGAAAAGAUAUUCUUACCACAUGGGGAUAGAAUCACCUUUAGUUGUAAGAGAGGCAAAUAUUCAACAGGCAGUGACCUAAUACAAACAUGUAAUGAUGGAGAGAUGAAUUUGCCUCUGUGUGAGUGACAGUGAAUAAAACAUCACUGAAGCCAAUCAAUAUAAAACCUUUUCCCCAACUCAGUUUCUCUGUUUUGGAAUUUCUGCAAUUAAAACUAAAUAAAUGAUAAAAUCAAAGUUUAAAA